AUGACCAGUUCAGCAAAAGACGGAUUUUCAAACAAAGGGGCAAACAAAGGAGGCCCUAAGAGUACUUCUAAGUACAGGCAAUCGUCGUUGCUUGCAUUCUUCAACGCGAAAUCUGUGAAACCCGAACCGAGUGAGGAGUCAACUUUGAAGUCUACUGCUAUCAUUACUCCUCAAAACUCUUCUCCACUGCGCGGCGAAGAAACCAAGGAAAUAAAACUUGGAGCAGUGAUAGAUGACAAGGAGAAUGAGGCCCCGCAGGACGUGGCAUCAACUGCGCCAGAAUCGUCACAGUUAUUUGAACCUAGUACUCCGAGUUCCGUGAACCGCGGUUCCGCGCCCGACGCUUCACAGUCACCAUUAGUGAAGUCAAGACGUGCUAAGAAGAUAAGCUACAUCGAAGAUUCUGAUGAAGAAUCCGAUUUUGAUAUUAGUGCACCUCGAAUCAAACGGAGGAAGACGAUCGCUGACGAUGAUGACGAUGACGAAUUCGAACUCGAGAGCGACAACGCGUCUGCAGAUGAUGACGAUUUUGUUCCUGGUACAGAAAAUCUUGCAGAGGAACUAAAUGGCGAUGACUUGCCAAUGGAACCAGACGAAGAGGAGGAAGUUGAAAAUCCGUCCAGGAGAAACAACUCGAGAAAACCUGGUUCUGAAAAGAGCACGUUGGCAUCUAAGUUUGAGUCCACUUCCUCGUAUAUUUCGGCUGAUUCAAAUAAGGUGUCCACCCAAAGAAAGAUCAAGAAGCAGACACCGCAGUCCAGAUUUGCAAAGGAGAAUGAGGAAAGAUAUCAGUGGCUCGUGCACAUCAAGGAUGCUGAUGGACGGAGCGAAUUCGAUCCUGAGUAUGAUCCAAGGACCCUAUACAUUCCUAAGUCUGCUUGGGCUAAGUUUACCGCUUUCGAAAAGCAAUAUUGGGAGAUCAAAAGCAGGAUGUGGGACUCCAUAGUCUUUUUCAAAAAGGGUAAGUUCUUCGAGCUUUACGAAAAAGAUGCAGACAUCGGACAUCAGAAAUUUGACCUUAAACUGGCUGGCACAGGACGGGCCAACAUGAGACUAGCUGGAAUUCCGGAGAUGUCUUUUGAUUAUUGGGCUAAGAAGUUCAUUGACGAGGGAUACAAAGUUGCGAAGGUGGACCAAAAGGAAUCUCUGCUCGCUAAGGAGAUUAGAGAGAAAAAUGCGAAUACAAAGGACGACAAAGUCAUCAAAAGAGAACUGUCUUGUGUUCUGACGUGUGGAACUUUGACAGACGAGGGAAUGUUGACUGAUGAAAUGUCAAGAUACUGCUUAUCGUUGAAGGAAGUCACUAAUAAUGACAACAGCAAGACUUUCGGUGUGUGUUUUGUUGAUACUGCAACUGGAAGAAUCCAACUCACUCAAUUUGACGAUGAUGUGGACUGUAAUAAAUUAGAGACACUGCUUGCCCAGAUUCAGCCUACGGAGGUGCUGAUCGAAAAGUCGAGAGUUUCCCAAUUUGUGUUGAGAAUGCUCAAAUUCAACUCUCAACCACACGCAACGUUCAACUUUUUGAAGCCGGCAGACGAGUUUUGGACCUCCGAAACUACUUUUGAGCAACUGACGAGAGGCAAGUACUUUGAGGCAGCGGAUUUGGAUGAUCUUUCCAAUUAUCCAAAAAUCUUGGUGGACUACCACGAUUCAAAUAAGAAUGUUGGGUUUUCGGCAUUUGGCGCUCUCCUGUGGUAUCUCAAAUCACUCAAGUUGGAUGCCGCGGUCAUCUCCAUGGGCAACAUAGAGCAAUACGAUCCUUACAAAACGAGUUUCUCCGAUAGCUGUAUGAGACUGGACGGUGUGACACUUCAAAAUCUUGAAAUUUUUAGUAACUCUUUUGAUCAGAGUGAUAAAGGCACUUUGUUCAAAAUACUAAAUCGUGCAGUGUCUCCGUUUGGAAAGCGGACUUUUAAGAGCUGGGUGACACAUCCUCUGAUGUCCAGAAAAAACAUUGAAUCGAGACUGGAUUCCGUGGAGGUCUUGAUGAACGACGGAGAUCUCAAAUAUCUCCUUGAAUCCAAGCUAGGCAAGCUUCCUGAUUUGGAAAGAUUGCUGGCUAGGGUUCAUUCUGGAAACCUUAAGGUUAAGGAUUUUGCUCGUUGCGUGACUGGUUUCGAAUGCAUUGUGAGUCUGGUCAGAAUACUGAAAUCCACUUACUCUGAAGGAACUCAAAAACUAGGUGGAGAGUUGGGCAAAAUCUUGGAUUCUUUCCCGGCCGAGUUGCCAGAGUGCGUUUCUAAUUGGUCGAAUGCAUUUGACAGGGAUUUAGCCGAUAAAGACGGAGUCCUGGUCCCAGAACUCGGUGUGGAGCCCGAGUUUGACGAAAGCAACCAAAAGAUUAAAGAGCUAGAGAAAGAACUUGAGAGGAUGUUAAGUCAGUACAGACGUGAGUUCAAAUGCCAGGAAAUGUGCUACAAAGAUAGCGGGAAGGAGAUAUACUUGAUUGAAGUUCCAUCGAAAGCCAUUUCGCGGAUCCCCAAGGAUUGGCAGCAAAUGGCAGCCACCUCCAAGUGUAAGAGAUACUGGUCUCCGGAAGUGAAAAAGUUGGUGAGGAAGUUGAUGGAGACUAGAGAACUGCACAAGAUCAUUGGUGAAUCUUUACAAGCAAGGAUGUACGGCAGGUUUAUGGGCGACUACACUACUUGGUCGUCUACCAUCAAGGCCGUGGCACAGCUAGAUUGUAUAUUGUCUUUGGCGCGUGCUUCAGAGUCUCUUGGAAUGCCCGCCUGCAGACCAGAAUUCAUUGACAGCGCGUCUGCACAGCUCGAGUUCCAGGAACUCAGACAUCCAUGCUUUAUUCCAGGUGGCAUCUCUGGUACCAAAGAUUUUAUUCCAAAUGAUAUUUCUCUGGGAGUCGAUCAAAAAGACCAUAUUGGCCUGCUCACGGGUGCCAAUGCCGCAGGAAAGUCGACGGUCCUAAGAAUGACAUGUGUGGCUACCAUCAUGGCCCAAAUUGGAUGCUUUGUCCCUGCUAAGUCCGCUAAAAUGACCCCAAUCGACACAAUAAUGACACGUCUUGGGGCCAACGACAAUAUCAUGCAAGGAAAGUCGACAUUUUACGUGGAACUCUCAGAAACCAAAAAGAUUCUGGAGUCAUGCACACCUCGUUCUCUUAUUAUUCUCGAUGAGUUGGGACGCGGAGGAUCAUCCAGUGACGGAUUUGCCAUCGCAGAGGCCGUUUUGCACCACAUCGCCACGCACGUCCAGUCAAUCGGCUUUUUCGCGACCCAUUAUGCUACCCUGGGCAACUCGUUCAUCAACCACCCCCGUGUCAAACCUCUUCGGAUGGGAAUCAUAGUAGACGACAAAUCGAAAAAUAUCACUUUCUUGUACAAAUUGGAGUCCGGACGUUCCAGCGGGUCCUUCGGUAUGCAUGUGGCAGCUAUGUGCGGUGUUCCAAGAAGUAUUGUUGAUAAUGCAGAGCAGGCAGCCGAAAAAUGGGAGCAUACUUCUAAGCUCAAGAAACUCAAUGUGGAAGAAGACACGGUUCCCCUAGGUCUUCAAAGUGACGUGAGUUGGAUUCUGAAUUCCAAGUCGGUGCGAGAUGACACGAUUGCUGCCUACACGGACCAGAUGAAGCUCAAUGCGCUGUCCAGCAUGUUCCACAUGAUCGAGAGCCUAUAG